ACCAACCAGCGGCACCAGCCGCGGCGUUUUGCCUUCAGGACCUGAUGCUCAUCCAUAUUAAACCGUCUGAGCUCAGGAAUCCGGCCAGAUCAUCCCCCCCCUCCUGCUGCAAAGUUUAUUUUUAACCAGCCACCGCCACAAUUUGGAUGGGGCUGCGAGGAAGCAACAUCUUCUAGCCCGGCUCGCCCCCGUCUCCCGAGCUUGCCUUUUAACUUUUCCUUCAGGGUUAUUUUCCUGCCGGAGGUGGCGGCGGGUCCCGCGGCGGCCCCUGCCCGCAGUUCCCGGCUGGGAGGGCCGCGCCGGAGCUGGGAAGUUGGGAUGAAGGCGCCCCUUCUCCGCAGCGUUCCUGAAAUAAACUUCCUGCAAUUCUUUGCAGUGUGCAGGUGUCCAGACUCCCCUUUACUCAUGGUCGCCUGUGAAACCCGUCAGGCAACUGAAGGCUGUACCUAAAAUUCUGCUGGCAGUGCAGCACACUGCAGGGGCCUUGAUAUAGUUACGGUGGACACCUUGUGCAGCAGCCACAGCUGUAGCAUCCCCUCGUAGUCCGAACAACUGAGUAUUGCUGUCCAGGAGUCUGCACGUGUGGAGGACUGCCUGGAGUAGAAAGAGGAAAGCUGCAGAGAUUGUGAGCUGCUGCUUGAUCCGUGUGGCUCUUGUGCCGAGGAACAUCAAAACUUUGCUGGAUGGAUCCGACAGCUCGUUGCAAAGUAGAGGUGCUAGAGGGUGCUGCUGAAGAAGAGGCUGAAGAGCCAGACGCAACUGUACAUGCUACACUAAGUGAGGAGACCAGCAACCCUGAAGAGAGCCACAGUCAAUCAGGGGAGAAAGAUGAAGAGAAGCAGCUGGAAAGCUUAAACAGCUAUAAGGUAUCACCAAGUUCCCCAAACAGUUUGGACGGAGCAGACUUGUCCUCCAUUGACGCCAUGAUGUCAGCAGUGAUGAAUGUGGGGAAGAUUGCUGAAAACGGCGGGAAUUCUCAAAAUGUCAAAUCCCCCUCAAAGUCUCCUGCACCAAAUCGGAUUGGCAGGAGGAACCAGGAAACAAAAGAAGAGAAGUCUUCCUAUACCUGUCCUCUGUGUGAAAAGAUUUGCACUACACAGCACCAGCUAACUAUGCACAUUCGUCAGCAUAACACUGACACUGGAGGGACAGACCAUUCCUGCAGCAUCUGUGGAAAGUCUCUGAGCUCAGCGAGCUCCCUUGAUCGCCACAUGCUGGUGCACUCAGGUGAAAGGCCUUAUAAAUGUUCAGUAUGUGGACAGUCCUUCACCACCAAUGGAAACAUGCACAGGCACAUGAAGAUUCAUGAGAAGGAUCCAAACAGCACAGCGAGCACCACUCCCCCCUCGCCACUGAAGCGCAGGCGAUUGUCUUCGAAACGGAAGUUCAGUCACGAUGCUGAGCUGGACAGAGAGGAGAGGACACCUGCAAAAAAGGUUCUCGAGGAUGGCCAUUCCGGUGAAGGGGAUAAGAGGGCUGACGAUGAAGUUUAUCAUUGUCCAGUGUGUUUCAAAGACUUUUUUUGCAAGUAUGGGCUGGAGUCCCACAUGGAAACACAUCCAGAUAAUUCAUUGAGGUGUGACAUCUGUUGUAUCACCUUUCGUACUCAUCGGGGCCUACUGCGCCACAAUGCAGUUAUCCACAAGCAGCUUCCCAGAGAUCCCAUGGGAAAGCCCUUCAUUCAGAACAACCCUUCAAUUCCAGCAGGCUUCCACGACUUGGGAUUCACGGACUUCUCCUGUAGGAAGUUCCCCCGCAUUUCUCAGGUCUGGUGUGAAACAAAUUUGCGAAGGUGCAUCAGUGACUUCCAUCGAUUUAUUUGCGAGAUGUGUAACAAGGCAUUCCCCAUGCUUUCGGCACUCAAACUGCACACAGAAACUCACGUGGUGGAUCAGGGAAAAGACAAGCACAAGCCACAGUCCACAACCCCACCCAGUGAGAGCCCAGACCAGAAAGUCUUCAUGGCAUCCUUGGGCCUACAGUACACCAAAGACAUCAAGCCUGUCAAGCAGGAGGACAAUACACAAGACGAGGUCCAAGAAAUGCGGCUCAGAGCUCUGAAGAGUAACCUACCUCAGGAACCUGGCAGCACCAGUCUGCUCAGCCUCUCUCCUCUGGAAGCUGCCUCCAUGGGAGGGUCAUUUUCAGUCCUUCCCCCUACAAAAGAAAACAUAAAGCUUCUCUCGCUGCAGCCUUUCCAGAAGGGUUUUAUUAUCCAGCCUGACAGCAGUAUUGUGGUGAAACCCAUCUCCAAUGAGUCUGCCAUUGAGCUGGCAGACAUUCAGCAGAUCUUGAAGAUGGCUUCUUCUGCUCCUCCUCAAAUCAGUCUUCCUCCACUUUCUAAGGCACCUUCUGUCCCCGUGCAGUCUAUUUUCAAGCAUAUGCCACCACUGAAGCCAAAGCCUUUGGUAACGCCCCGAACAGUUGUCGCAACCUCUACACCUCCUCCUCUUAUCAGUGCCCAGCAAGCCUCCCCUGGCUGCAUCAGCCCAAGCCUCCCACCUCCCCCUCUGAGGCUGAUCAAGAACUCAGUGGAAUCUGCCUCCAAUUCUCAUCUCCCCCAGCCAGGAGCCAAAUCAAGUCCUUCCUCACAGCUGCUCCUCCAACCCAAAGUAGAGCCAUUAACUCAGCACGAGAUGAAGACACAGCUGGAGCAGGACAGCAUCAUUGAAGCUCUCCUGCCUCUAAGUAUGGAAGCCAAGAUCAAGCAAGAAGUCACAGAAGGAGAACUCAAAGCCAUCAUCGCAGGGGCAGCGAACAAGAAGACCCCAACUAUGAGGAAAGUUUUGUACCCCUGCCGUUUCUGUGACCAGGUGUUUGCCUUCUCUGGUGUCCUGAGAGCUCACAUCCGUUCUCACUUAGGUAUUUCCCCGUAUCAGUGCAACAUCUGUGACUACAUUGCGGCUGACAAGGCGGCGCUGAUCCGGCACCUGCGGACGCACAGCGGGGAGCGACCUUACAUCUGUAAAAUCUGCCACUACCCCUUCACGGUGAAAGCCAAUUGUGAGAGGCACCUGCGAAAGAAGCACCUCAAAACCACCAGGAAGGAUAUCGAGAAGAACAUUGAAUAUGUCACCAGCAAUGCUGCAGAGAUGGUGGAUGCCUUCUGCUCGCCAGACACGGUGUGCAAGCUCUGUGGAGAGGACCUGAAGCACUACCGGGCGCUCCGCAUUCACAUGAGGACGCACAGCGGCUGCCAGAAGAAGAAGCCGUUUGAGUGCAAGGAGUGUGGCACGGCGUUUACAGCCAAGAGGAAUUGCAUUCACCACAUCCUCAAGCAGCACUUGCAUGUGCAGGAAAAGGAGAUUGAGAAUUACAUCUUAAUGGUGGACUGCAGUGCCCAGGAAAGCCAGACAGACCCUUCUCUAUUGGAUGACAGCACUUAUAUGGACCACAAGCCCAUGACGCCUUUCCUGGAGCCACAGAACGGCUUCUUGCUGGGAACAUCAUCUCACGUUUCCAUCAAACGUGAACCUGUGGGCAACUACCCCAUGGAUUUUGAUGAGCCAUUGGAUUUCUCUCAGAAAAGCAAAAGCCUGAGUGCUGUGCAGGUGAAGCAGGAGAACCUGUUCGGUUCAUCUCUGUCCCUUUAUGACUGUUCCAUGGAGCCUAUUGACCUGUCCAUCCCCAAAAUCCUGAAGAAGGAUAAAGAUGAUGUCCCCUGUGAAGCCAGGAAUCAAGAGCUGGCUGCGUCUGGGAACAGUGAUAUGGCCUAUAACUGUCUGCAGUGUCCUUUGGUUUUUGGUGCCAGUGGGAACUCAGAAACAAACCGGGGUGUCAGACAUCCCCAGCCACUAAAAGGUUCGUUGCAUUUGACUGUCCCGAUCAUUUCCCCGGCUCUCCCUGGCAAUGCUGCCUUGCUGAGACCCCUGAGGCCUAAGCCACCACCACCACCUCUCUUGCCAAAGCCUUCGGUAACUAAAGAGCUGCCACCAUUGGCUUCCAUUGCACAGAUCAUUUCAUCUGUAUCUUCUGCUCCCACUUUGCUGAAAACAGAGGCUGCAGAUGCCAGUCCCAAGGCAGUGAGCAGCUCCGCUGGGUGUGACAAAUCAGGGAAUGCCAAAGCUAAAGUGACAAUCGUGAGCACCAUUCAGAGAGACUCCAGCCUGCCCAGUGACCUGUCUCAGGCUUGUGAUCUAGAGCAGUCUCCUGUUGCUGAUGCUGGGUUGACUAAGAAAAGAGGUAGAAAGAAAGGAACGAAAAAUAAGCCCAAACUUAUCAGUAGUGUGGAUCUGGAGUCAAGUGGGGAAUUUGCUAGCAUAGAGAAGAUGCUGGCUACCACAGACACUAACAAAUUUAGCCCAUUUCUGCAGUCCACUGACAAUUUCAAGGAAGAAGGUGGCAGAAAUGGAACAAGUGAAGAUGAGAAGGAAACUGCCAAGGAUAAGCUGCUGAGAGGGAAGAGGAACGCUUACUCAGACUGCCUGCAAAAUAUUCCCUGUCCUUACUGUCCUCAAGUCUUUCCAUGGGCGAGUGCCUUGCAGCGGCACAUGCUCAGUCACACAGAGAGCCAGGCGGAUGCAGAGGCACUAGCUACAGGAAACAAAGCCUUGAACCUGAGCUAUGGGGAGAAGGAGCAGUCAGAGGAAAUGACAGAGCUGCCAGAGAGUGAGCGCAGCCCCAAGGAGGAGCAGAAGGCCGAUUCCCUUCUGGCAGAAGAGGAUGCUGAAGAAAAAGUGGAUGGAUAUGAAGAGGGCCCUGAGGAAGAUUCUGUAAGUAACAAAAGUCUUGACCUCAAUUUUGCCAGCAAAUUAAUGGACUUCAAGCUGGCAGAGAGUGACCAGAGUGCAGGCAGCAGUUCUCAGACUGAAAGGAAACAUGCCUGUGAGAUUUGUGGCAAAACCUUCAAGUUUGCUGGCACUCUUAGCCGUCACAAAAAGGCCCACAUUCGUGAGGACAGAAAGGAUGAAAGGAGCAGUGAGGAUGAAAGCAAAAGCAUUCAGGAUGAUGCAGGAGCUCCCUCGAUGCAUGACUCUGGUCUUGAGCAGGAAGAGUCUCCGUUGGACUUGAAGGUAGUGGAGUCUCCUGUGGACUUUGAGGCAACAGGAAAGGAGAAUGAAGAGAGCGAAAGCAUCUCUGAGGGGGAAGGCACAGAGAGAAAGUCCACUGAGAAGAGCAGUGAUGACAAACCAAAGACUGAUGGGGCUAAGAGUACUGCAAAAGCAGACAAAAGAAAGAAAGUCUGUACUGUGUGCAACAAGCGUUUCUGGUCUCUGCAAGAUCUGACGCGACAUAUGCGGUCUCAUACAGGUGAGCGACCUUACAAGUGUCAAACCUGCGAACGGACCUUCACUCUGAAGCACAGCCUGGUCCGUCACCAGCGCAUCCACCAGAAAGUGAGAAAUGCCCGAAACCACGGGAAGGAGAGCGACAAGGAGGAGACGCAGUCGCGGUGCGGAGAAGACAGCGAGAACGAGUCCAGCCACAGCGGCGCCAACCCCAUCUCCGAGAGCGAGUGCGACUCCGCGGGGGCCGUCGGCAGCCACUCGUCCCUGGCGGGGAGCCGGAGCGAGCCCCUGGCCGGCACGGUCACGGACUCGCCCUGCGGAGAGGAGAGCGGCGGCUCCUGCCUCGCCGAGCCCGCCAAGAAACACGCGGCAAAGGACCAGGAACCGCGGGGCAGCUCCGAGCACGAGGGGCCCUCGGGUUUCAUCCAGGACUUGCUGGAGAUGCACAACGCUCCGUCUCCCAUGAAUCACAUCCUGGCCUCUGCCGACAGCGCGCCUCAGCUCUUGGGGGUGGAAUGACUUGCUUGGAGGUUGGACCCCUCUCAGCAGGCAAACUGAAGCCAGCAGAGCAAGGUUUCUGGAGGCUGUUUUUGGAAGAGCGACCUUACAGCUACGGGGAAGAGUAUGGCAGACUGGACGUGGUGCCAUAUGCCUUUCAGUAUAAUAAUGCAAGAGACUACAGUAUAUACUGAUUUGAGUGCCUUACUACUUUAUUAGAUCUUUUGGUAUUAUAGAUUUUUUUCAAAAAUGAUUUUAAUAUUUUAAAGAAUUAUUUGGAGAGGACCCUUUUUCAUUUAAGCAUUAAUGUUACCUUUUGUAUUGGUGUGUGUGAGCUUGUUCUUGUAUAUCUGUGAUAGUCGCUGUGUUUGUUCUCUGAGCUGGAAUGGGGCAGUGGGGUGGGAGGCCCUUGGAUACCAUAGCCAAUAACUGGAAGAAAAAUGAUGUGAAUUUCAUAUGAAAUAGUCCGAGGAGAUGCAGAGGAGACGUUGAUUUAUUGUUUUUUUUCUCAGUAGAUGUUCUUGCAUUUGCCACAUGGUGGAGCAUUAAGCCUGUUCCAGGCACGAACAACGUGGCAGUUGAAGGUGUUCAAAGUGGUUCAAGCCAAAAGCAGGAAACACAAAUUAAUUUCAACCUCAUGCUUGUUUCCACUUUUCAGCAUUAGAAGUGGUCUUCUAAAUCCUAGGGGUUUUUUCUGGCCGUCACGGACUGAGCGUGUAUACAGAGAAGAGUUACAUAGCAACGUAACCUAUGGAAAUUAUGCACCCGCUGUUACAUAUGUUUGAUUUGCUUCAGUAUAUUAUUAUUAUUAUUAUUUUAUUAUUAUUUUAUAAAUCCAUCAGUUCGCUUGUCUCUGCAGUCAGCAGAAGCCAAUGGGCAAUAUUUGCCCACGGAGAUGCGUAGCGCAGCUUGGAUCCCGUCUCGGAGUGUUCUUGACUCAUCAGCUUUCACCAGCUCCUCCUCCUCCUCCUCCUCCUCCUGUUGUUGUUGCAGCUCUUCUACUGUACUUUACAUGAACCCCUUCCUCCGACCGGAGCGUCCCGUGGAGGCCAGCGAGGUACCGUGCCCGUGCGGGCGCAUCUCCCUCCUUCCUUCCUUUCCUCCUUCCCUCCCUCCCUCCUCCCUGGCGGUGGGCACGGGCGGCAGCGGAGCCCCGGCUGCGGGAGAGGGGCACCGCCAGUGCCGCAGUGACCUCGCUGCCCUCCCCUCGGCGACGGUCACUCACUCACAGAGCAAAGUUAUCCCGUCUUCCAGUGGAAAGCAAGAGAGAAAUGCGAGCCUUACCCUCGUCUUGCUUCUGUCGUGUUCUAAGAGCAAGAAAAUACUACUGGUGAUGAAACUACAGAUAUACGACAUGUUAAAAAUAAAUAAAAUUAAUUUAAAAGAAAAAAAAAAGAAAUAAAUUCUUCCUGAGAUUUUGGGGUUGAUGCUUGAAGACUUGAGGUGUGUGUCUAAAUUUCAUAUCAGUAAUUUAACCCCUUUAAUGCUGGCAGCUGGAAUUUCUCCAUAUGGCUCCUGUUGCCGGCAACAGGUGACAGACACUCCAGCCUCCAAUAUUGAAGGGGUUAAACGAAAUGUAUCCUACUGUAGCUGCGCAUUUUUAGGAGUGCCCAGCAUUUGUGUUGUUCUUGUCGUUGUUGUCGUUAUUGUUGUUUGUUAAAUGUCCUUCAGUCAUGACCUCUGGGACAGACAGAGCCAUAAUAGCAUUGCCGGAGCCUCACUGUGCUAUUCCACCACUGCAGCCCCCAGCCCAGCCCGCACUGUGACCCUCCCUCCUUCCCACCACAGAACUGCUUUUCCUGCUCUCACCAGACAUGGAGGAAGUGGGCCUCGGACCCAGUCUAUAUUAUAUAAUAUAUAUAUAUCUAUAUAUAUCUAUAUAUUAAAAAUUCUCUGAAAAAUUUCUGGAGACUGAAAUCUCACUGUCCAGAAUUCAAAGGAAGAGAAACGUUCUUGAGUAAUAUUCUUGCAAAUAGAAUAAGAAAAAAAUGGUUGAGGUAUAUGUGAUUUCUAUUUUUUUUUUUGUGUUUUGUUUUUUUUUUUUAAUUUUUAAAUAGGGAUGUUUGAACCAGUUCAGAAACGAAGCUAACGCCAGAUAUAGAUAAAUCAAUCACAACCAAUGAUUCAUUUGAAACUCUACCCAGGUGCAUUCUACUUAAUUAAAACCAGUUCACGCAUCCCUUAAAUUGUUAUUGCUAUUAUAAUUAUAAUAAUAAUUAUUAUUAUUAUUUUGGGUAAUUUUUUGUUUUUGUAAUUUUUUUGUUUGUUUAUUUUGGGGUUGUUGUUUUGUUGUUUUGUUUUGGGUUUUUUUUUUUUUUUUUUGCAGCUCUCCACACUAAACUGCGCAAUACUGUGGGGGAGAAGCCAUUACUAAACUAUAUGCUGCAGAACAAUGUAGCAAGUAAUUAAUUCCCAGCAGCCUGCCGGGACAUCUGCUAGCAAUAAUCACUAUUGAUUUAAAGCUUUAUUUAGCCUUUAUCUAUAUCCUAGUAGAGUAUAAGGUCUUGCCACAUUUUAUUGACAUUUUUAUUAGUUGAGUUUGACUGAGAACUGUUGCUGUUGUUGGGGUUUUUUUUUGUUUCCCUUCCUCCCCCAAUAUUAAACUGUGAAAUUUAUAAUGUGUUUAAACUAUGGGUGAAUCUUAGGCUUUAGUUUGCAUGUUCAGCUAAUUUGUCUCUAUACGAUUUUCGUUUGAAUCUUUUUAUUUUUUUCCUCUCUCAGGGCUUUUACAAAAAACAAAAAAACAAAAACAAAACAAAAAGAAAACAAAAAAAAAGAUCUUCUAAAAUUCUUUUGCCUGAGUUGCAAUGGACUUAACAUGGAGAUAAUUCAAUCACUACAUUAAGCACUUGACUGUGAAAGCGCAAAAAAAAUAAAGGAAAACGAAAAAAAAAGAGAGAACCUUGUUUGAGGCUGUUGUGAAAUAACUUUAGUGGGCUAUGUGACAGUCUGAUUCCAUUUUCAGAAUGAUUCAUCCUCUCUUUCCUCUCUGUGUGUCUCCUUUCUCUCUCUUCUCUCUCCACGAAGGAAGUUUAAUCCUAGUGAUUUCAUCCCAUGCAGGAAACAGUAAUAAAUGUGUAGAAUUCAUAUUUUUCUAAAGGGAACUUAAACUGCUGCUACGAAUUGUGUACAAGACUGGUUUAUGCCACAUGAACAGAGAAUCACACAUAGUUUUGGUACUUUUAUUCCUCUUUUUU